AUGGUGGGUGGGGAUGCUGCCGCGGCGGUGGAGGAGCUGGUUUCUGGGGUGCGGCAGGCGACCGACUUCGCCGAGCAGUUCCGCUCCUACUCGGAGAGCGAGAAGCAAUGGAAGGCCCGCAUGGAGUUCAUCCUGCGCCACCUGCCCGACUACCGCGACCCGCCGGACGGCGGCGGCCGCCUGGACCAGCUGCUGUCCCUCUCCAUGGUCUGGGCCAACCACCUCUUCCUGGGUUGCA